GGGUGGAACCCCCAGCAUAUAUAAGGGGACGGCAUAGCCGGUCCUGCCAUUGCCGUUGGGGAAGUGAGGUGGAAGACAGCACCUCAGUUUCCCUGCUGCGGUCCAACAUGCCUUCCAAGCUGGAAACCGCCAUGGAAACCCUGAUUAAAGUCUUUCACCAAUUUUCCAGCAAGGAGGGGGACAAGUGCAAGCUGAACAAAGGGGAACUCAAACAGCUCCUCAACAGCGAACUCCAUGACUUUCUCUCGUGCCAGAAGGAUCCCAAACUGGUUGACAAGAUUAUGAAGGAUCUUGAUGCGAACAGAGAUAAUGAAGUGGAUUUUAAUGAAUUUGUGGUUAUGGUUGCAGCACUGACGGUGGCAUGCAAUGAUUACUUUGAAGAGCAGAUGAAGCAAAGGAAAAGUGAAAAGUAGAGGUAAAUGAGUUCAGAAAGGGCACAGAUCAAAACCGAGCCUGCUUAGCAUCGUCACAACAUUUGGUUAUAAAUCUUAUGUCAACUUGUAUUAUCACUUGGAAAAGUUAUUAAAACUGUGUACCUUUCAA